AUGUUUAUCAUUAAGCAUAUUCCCUUAGAGAUAGAACUGGGAGGAUCGCCAACUGAGAAGAAAAUCGAUCAUACCGAACAAUUGGUCAGCGACAUAAGCAACCUCUAUCUAAGCGAAAGUUUUUCAGAUGUUGAUUUAAGCGACGGGCUUUCAGAUGUCGAUUUGGUUGUAAAAGGAAAACAAUUGUCCGCCCAUCGUAUUAUAUUAGCUUCACGCAGCGAAUAUUUUAGGAAGUCAUUUAAUGGAAUCCCUAAAAAACCUGGUCGAGUCGUAUUGGAAAUUAAUGAAGCCCCAUUAACCAUAUUUAAAAUAUUUCUUGAAUACUUUUAUACUGGUCGAAUGAAAUUAAGUGAUCUAAAGGGUAUAGAUGUUACCGAAUUACUUAGAAUUUCGGAUUUAUUUGGUUUUUCAAACUUAACAUAUUCACUACGCGAGUAUUUGGUAAAUAACAUUAAAUUACAAAAAAAGAAUGUAAUCGACCAUACUCAAUUCUUGGUCAGUGACAUAAGCAACCUAUACCUAAGCAACAGGUAA